UACCGAGGCAGGCGACAACAGUACCAAUCCAGGACCCUCCUUUAUACUCAGACUCGAGACCCUCAACGUCGCAGAUCUUACAGAAAAAUGGAGCCGAUGCAGACAGAGAAACGUCGUCGUUAGAUACCAAGAACUCCACACCCGCUCUGGAAAAAUCUUUCCCUGGUGGCCGGAGUCUUAUCGUGCAAGCACUACAAAAUGGAAAAGUCCCGGACAUGUCAUUAGAGAUCUGUACAGCCUCAAUAUCAAACUCGACAAACAAGCAAUAUAACGUAGGUUUAAAACUGUGGUGGCAAUUUUGUUGUGAUAAAAAUAUAGAUGUCUUUGAUAUUACUGUACCCUUAGUUUUAGAAUUUUUAACAAUCCGCUUUAACAAAGGGGCAUCCUAUAGCUCUCUUAAUUGCUACCGAUCCGCAAUAUCACAAAUAGCCUCACCAGAUUUAGCUAAUGAUUAUAGAUUAAAAAGAUUUUUUAAGGGAGUGUACGGUUUAAGACCCAGUUUACCUAAGUACAACGUUACCUGGGAUCCUUCCACUGUUCUUACCUAUGUAAGAACUCUUUCUAACGAAAACAUUAAAUUAGACAUUUUAACACAAAAGGUGGCCAUAUUACUGGCUCUUACAACUGGACAGAGGGUACAAACUUUAGCGAGUAUUCAACUAGAGAAUUUAGUUAUUUCUAAAGACAAUAUAACAAUUAAGAUUCCUAAAAGAAUAAAAACCUCAGGACCUAACAGAUUUCAACCCACAUUAGUACUGCCCAUUUUCAAACAAGACUUAGAAAUAUGUGUUUAUACAGCUAUUUUAUGUUAUCUUAAGCGAACAAAAAAUUUAAGAAACACUUCUUGCAAAAGUCUUUUUAUAUUACCCAAAAAGCCUCACAAAGAUGCGAGUUCUCAAUCUAUCAGUAGAUGGAUUAAAUGUAUGUUAAGCAAAAGUGGUGUGGAUAUUUCUAUGUUUACCGCACACAGCACCAGGCACGCUGCAACUUCUGCAGCUGCCCGUAAAGGUGUUAGUCUCGACACUAUUAGGCUGUCAGCAGGCUGGACCGAAAAGUCCAGUACUUUUGCAAACUUUUAUCAACGACCGUUACUUUCUAAAAAUACUUUUGCAAAUGACGUUUUGUCUUGUUAAUAUUAUAUAUUAAGUAUGUUCUUUUUUGGUCUGUUUUUGUACUUACACUAAUUAGGUAUUUAAAUUAGUGAUAGUAAUUGCUAUU